UCGGAAGAGCUGGACUGCUUACAAUGCCUCUUCUACUCACUCCGAUGCCAAAAAUCCCUCGUGAAGAUCAUCAACCAUGGAAGUGGGCUCUGCACCAUCGCGUCGAGCAUCAUGUCCAACUGCAGCAAGUCUCGGAAGCUGGCUCUAGAGCUCUUGACAAAGACGUGCGAGGACCACCCUACUGGUCACGUGAAGGUGCUCGAGGCGAUGUCGUCGGUGCGACUGAUCUUCGGGGAGCCCGUGCGCUUCAAGUUCCUCGUCUCCAUGCUGCUGGGGGGAGGCAAGAUGACCGCCGGAUUCGAGUUCUCUGCGAUGUACUUCUUCAACAUCCUGCUGUCCAACAGCAAGACACCGUCCGAGCGAGUACGCCUGCAGAGUGAACUCGAAGAGGCCGGCUUCGACGUCGCCGUCCUCGAAAAGAACCUCCACGAGAAGGGUGUUCCUUCGACGGACGGCGUGUGGGAGGAGAUUGGCCGCUGGAAGCGCAACUACCUCGACGUCAGCACAGCCCUCAACGAGCACAAACGUGUGGGCAACGAGAACGGCAAGCUGCGCACCGAGGUGGAACUUCUCAGGCGUGCCCUCAGAAAGCUGGAAGAAGACAAGAUGAACCUGAUCCAAGUUGAACGAGAGCUCAAGGAGAAGUGCGAAGACCUGAAGCAAGAGGUGCUGACCCUCAAGAAGGUGAUCGAGGAACCAAAG